ACCCCGGAAACGUUUCAUUCAAGCGUCGUCGCGCAAUGAGCACCAACGAAUACGGGGAGUAAAAAUACUGCAAGUUUGGCAGUAAAACGUUUCAUAAACACUACUAGUCCUUACAGCAGAGCAAACACUGAGUUGUAUCAGUGACGGAGGGGAAGAAUAUCUUCUUUUUGGCAACAACCGUAGUGAAGAGUGCCUGGCCAUUUGUUUUUAAAGAUGAGCGGCGAGUCAGAUGCCAAUAAGGAGUUCAUGGAGCAGCUGCGAAUGCAGCAGCUCUAUGGGCAGAGGAAAGACGACGGCACAGAUCCAUACACAUACACUGACCCCGUGGAUGGGACUGUGUAUGACUGGGACCAUGAAAAAAAAGCCUGGUUUCCUAAAAUAACAGAGGACUUCAUCGCAGCCUACCAGGCAAACUACGGCUUCACUCAGGAAGGAAAUCCGGAUGCAAACAACACGGCGCAGAGCAGCUCCCAACCUGCCGCUCCUGAACCAAACAGCAAGCCGCCAGAGAAGGAGAAAUCAGUCGAUCCUGUUUUGAAACCUGGCCCAGAGCAGCCGGAGACUCCUGUUAAAGAAGCAAAGCAGAAAGCAGAUAAAAGGAAAGCAGAAGCAGGAUGGUUUGAUAUUGAAGAGGACAAAAACACAAACGUCUAUGUAUCUGGUCUGCCACCUGAUAUCAGCUCCGACGAGUUUGUUGAGCUGAUGUCCAAGUGCGGUAUCGUGAUGCGUGACCCCAUCACUGAAGAGUAUAAAGUGAAACUCUACAAGGAUAAAGAUGGUAAUCUGAAAGGUGAUGGCCUCUGCUGUUAUCUGAAGAAAGAAUCGGUGGCUCUGGCUGUGCGUCUGAUUGACGAGUCAGAGGUCCGAGGAUAUAAGCUCCAUGUGGAAGCAGCUCGGUUCGAGUUGAAAGGCCAGUAUGAUGCCAGCAAGAAGAAGAAGAAGAGCAAAGAUUAUAGAAAGAAGCUACACCAGCAGCAGAAGCAGCUGGACUGGAGACCUGAGAAGCAGGGAGAAAUCAGGAAGAGGCAUGAAAAGGUCGUCAUCAUCAGGAACAUGUUCCACCCCAGUGACUUUGAGGAAGACCCGCUGGUGCUGAAUGAGUAUCGCGAGGAUCUGAGGUCAGAAUGUGAGAAGUUUGGUGAAGUCAAGAAGGUUAUCCUGUUUGAUAGACACCCUGACGGUGUUGCAUCAGUUGCUUUCAAGGAGCCGGAGCAAGCAGAUGCUUGUAUUCUUUCAUUCAACGGCCGCUGGUUUGGAGGAAGACAGCUGUCUGCGCAGCUCUGGGACGGAACCACAGACUAUCAGGUUGAAGAGACGUCACGUGAGCGGGAGGAGCGGCUAAAAGGUUGGUCUACAUUCUUGGAGGAAGCAGAUCAACAAAAGCCGAAAGACGGUACCAGCAAAGCAGCAGAGAGCAGCACAGAACCCAGCGAGUCCAGCAGCACCACAGAACCUCAGCAAACAGAGCCGCAAUCAUCAGAGCAACCGGAGGAGCGAGUGGACUCUACUGACAGCAGCCUGGCAGGAAGUGACAACGAGGAAGCCCAGAGUCCUGAUUCAAAGUGAAGAGCACCGUCGUUUUCAGCGCAGGAUAUGGGGAGGACAGAUGUGGACAGUUUUAGCUAUUUUUUUGUAAUGUAGAAAAAUAAAACAAUAUUUUCCUUCCCUAUUUUCA